AUGUUUGUAAAUACAAUAGCAACAAGAAAAUAUUUGUUGUAUAAUUGGCAUCAACGCUUCAUUUUUGUUAAUUAUUUUUGUGUUAAUUCAAAAAAAUUGGAAUAUGAUGUUGUAAUUGUUGGAGGUGGUCAUGCAGGAUGUGAAGCAGCAGCUGCUGCAUCUCGUAAAGGUGCAAAGUCAUUGUUGAUUACACAAUCAAAAGCUACCGUUGGAGCAAUGUCGUGUAAUCCAAGUUUUGGAGGAAUUGGGAAAGGUCAUUUAAUGAGAGAAAUUGAUGCAAUGGAUGGAAUAUGUGCUCGAUUAUGUGAUGAUACUGGCAUUCAUUUUCAUGUUCUUAAUAGAAGCCAUGGACCUGCAGUUAUUGGUUUACGUGCUCUUAUUGAUAGAAAACUUUACAAAAAGGCUAUGCAAAAAGAAAUAUUUGAAAACACACCAAAUUUGGACAUUAUAGAAUCAACAGUAGAAGAUUUAAUAAUUGUAGAAGCUACUUGUUCAACUAAAAAUAAUUUUACACAUAAACUUGUUGGUUGUAUUAUUAAAAAUGGAAUUAAUAUUUAUUCUCCCUCAAUUAUUAUUACAACUGGGACUUUUCUUAAAGGAGAACUUAAUUGGGGUGGUAAAUCUGUGCCAGGUGGUCGGAUGGGAGAAGGGCCGAGUAGUGGACUAGCAGAAACCUUUGCCCGUCUCGGAUUCAAAACAGGAAGAUUAAGUACAGGAACACCUCCACGUUUAUUAUCUUCAACAAUAAAUUAUGACAAAUUUACAAAACAAUUAACAGACGAAGAACCUAUUCCUUUUUCUUAUUUAAAUUCUCAAGUUGGAAUACCAAAAGAAUUGCAAGUUGCUAGUUAUGUUGGUUAUACAAAUGAUAAUUUAGUUAAAAUUGUUAGAGAAAAUAUUGAUGAAAAACAUUCGUUAAUUAGUGCUUUAAAUGAAGGGAUUAAAGGUGGGUUUGAAUGA